GUUACAACUGGCACUCAGCCUCAGAGCACCGACAGGACACUGGCACACAGACACUAUGGCAAAUGAAGUACAAGUUCUGUCGUCCCCGCUGAAAGGGCGGCAUGCUCCAGCAGUGAAAGCUGGAGGGAUGCGAAUUUCCAAAAAACAAGAGAUGGGCGUUUUGGAAAGGCACACAAAAAAAACAGGAUUGGAGAAAACAAGUGCCAUCACCAAUGUGGCCAAGAUACAGAUGCUGGAUACUCUGACGGACACACUGGACAAGCUCCACCAUAAAUUCCCAGCAACAGUUCACACGGCUCAUCAAAAGCCGACACCUGCUCUGGAGAAGGCUGCGCCACUGAAGAGGGCCUACAUUAUCCAGCAGCCUCGGAAAUGUUAGGCCAGGAUAGAAAACACAGCCGUCGGGUCAACGUCCCCACGACCUGACAGCUCAGCAAAAAUGGCCAACACUUCCUGCAGGCCUGCUGCCUUUCCUUGGUAAAUAAAAACAACUUUUGUAUCUUCCCUUUUCACUUUAGAUAAUAAAGUUUCGAAAAUUA